UGGUACGCUUACUGUGUGCUUCAUUGACAGUGGAGGAUUAGCACAUUACAACGACCACUUCAAAUGUUACUUUGCUUGCUACCUUUUUUCCCCCCUCUGUGAAACCAGCUGAGGAAUUAAACGUGUAGAGAAGGCUGAAGCUGUGAAUUAACAAAUGUCAUGAAAAUAUGAAGCUGCUUCCAAGAGCUAAAAGUUGGCAAGUGGGAGGUUUUCACCGUGAUCCAGUAAGUACACUCGUGUUUUACCCUUUGAAAUGCUGCCAAAUAUAUGUUUCUGGAUACAGUAAGACUGCUGAGUUGCUCAAUGUGCAAGAUGCAAUUUCUAAGAAAACUCAGUUGUGCACAGGGUAUGUAAGGAAUGCUAUCCUCAUCACAGAUUUAAGGGAAUACAUAAUGAAAAUGUUCUGAGUAACACUGGGCUCACUAUCCACAAGAUGAACACUACACACCACCACGGACUGAUACACAACUAUCAUUCUAGGAACUUCAGCUCAGGUGCAUUUACUGUCAACAAUGACUCAAAUGAAAAGGACUCCUCUUCAGGAUGUUAUGAGCAGCUUUUGAUCUCCACAGAGGUGUUUUUAACCCUUGGAAUUGUAAGCCUUUUGGAAAACAUUCUGGUUAUUGCAGCAAUCAUAAAGAACAAGAACCUCCACUCCCCAAUGUACUUCUUCAUCUGCAGCCUGGCGGUGGCUGACAUGCUGGUGAGCGUCUCCAAUGCAUGGGAAACCAUUGUGAUGGCCCUUAUCACCAGCGGACACUUGACCAUCCAGGACAAUUUGAUCAAAAACAUGGACAACGUGUUUGACUCUAUGAUUUGCAGCUCUCUCCUGGCCUCCAUCUGUAGUUUGCUGGCGAUUGCGAUUGAUCGAUACAUCACAAUCUUCUACGCCCUGCGUUACCACAACAUCAUGACAAUGAGGAGAGCCAUGAUGAUCAUCACAACAAUCUGGGCAUUCUGCACCAUCUCUGGAAUUCUCUUCAUCAUUUAUUCUGAAAGCACUACUGUCAUCAUUUGCCUUAUUACCAUGUUUUUUACCAUGCUUGCACUCAUGGCCUCGCUUUAUGUGCACAUGUUCAUGUUGGCGCGGUUGCACAUGAAGAGAAUUGCUGCCCUGCCAGGCAAUGGCACAAUCCACCAGGGUGCAAACAUGAAAGGAGCAAUUACAUUGACCAUCUUGCUUGGUGUUUUUGUUGUUUGUUGGGCACCAUUCUUUCUCCAUCUGAUCCUCAUGAUCGCCUGUCCCCGCAACCCCUAUUGUGUCUGUUUCAUGUCUCAUUUCAACAUGUACCUCAUCCUGAUAAUGUGCAACUCGGUGAUUGACCCACUCAUAUAUGCAUUCCGCAGUCAGGAGAUGCGGAAGACAUUCAAGGAGAUCUUCUGCUGGUAUGGCUUGCCUGGGUUUUGCGUUUGUGAACUGCCCAGCAAAUACUAAAGACCUAAAAAAGCACAACUAAUCAUUCCUCAGAAACUCUUGGUAACUCAGUAAAUGGUAAUGCUAACCCAUUAAAAAUAAUGCACAAUUGUAACCAUGACUUCAUAUGAAUGACAAUACAACUUUUAGAGAAAUCCAUGGUUUCUUUUAAGAAAAGCUUAAAAAAAGUACAGAUUUAAAAAUCAAGUACAAAAGUACUGCUUUUUGCUUUUUGCAAACUGCUUUCUGCUGAUAAUCACUUGUUUUCUCAUGAGGUUGUAGAAAAUAUAUUUCCUUUGCUCUUGGCAAACAAAACUCUCAGAAAGAAACAGACAAGCAAUGCCUUUUUAAUGUACCUGAUUUCUUGCAUGACGCAUUUAAACAGUAGGGUUUGAGCAGCAGACUGGGCAAAUAAAUACCUAAUCAUGUUGUAACAUUCUACAAAUAUUUGUUUUUUCUCUGCUGUGGAGAGAACAUUUGUAGAGACGGUCAUAAAAUCUGCUUUUGACUGAAUAUAAAGUUUAUCCAUUAAGUCCUAAAAUUAAACAGCCUGGUUAACUAAGUACUACAACAGCAUAUGCCUUUUUAAUAUAUCGUUACAUUAUUUAAUCUAUGUGACUGUACAUAUCCAGUAUAUGUAUGUCAUGUCAUUUGCCAAACCGCUUUAUACCAUACAGUGUCAUGGGAUAUAUGUACAUACAUUAAGACAUCAUUUUAAAUGUGCAAUAUUGAAUUUUAUGAAAAACAGCUUUAAUUGGUGUGUAUAUUUAGUGUUAUUUAUAAAGUUUUUAAUUGUGCUUCAGUAUGUUUUUUCCCUCCAAUCAUUGUCCUGUUUUAGUGCAGUGCUGUCUGCUGUGAAAUCAUAAUGUGUUUAAGCCCUUCCCCCCAAGAUGAAGUAAAAAUUGAGAACUAUAGAAAUAGACAGAUACCAUAGAUUUUAUGCAUUAAUUUGUUUUAUUUGGUUUAACAUCUUAAUACGUUUUUUUCCUGAAAAAUAUAGUACUUUUUGCCAAAGCCAUUUACCAACUCUACAUCGAAACAAAUGCUGGGUUGUUUCAGAUUGCAGUUAUUUAAAUUAUUUUUUGGUAAUUCCAUAUGCACCCAUUAUUCUGAUUAUCCACCAUUUCAUUAACAUAUUGUACUGAUGAAUGAAUCAGCACUGUACAUUGUAAUACUUAGACACAUUUCUUAGAUCAAUAUAAAAUUGCAGAACGUUUGCAGACAAAAUGCAGAUCAAGGUUUAAAUCUAUUUCAUUAUGAAAACUAACAUUAAAAAUGCAAAACAUUUUAAAGUUGGUAUCAGGUUUGACCUUUUAACAUUAACACUAUUCUGAUUGAACUGACAUUCAGUACAUCUGAUUAUUUUUUUUUAACAGUCUGUUGUGGGGUGUUUAACCACUUUCUAUGCAACAGCAGCCAUCUGUCCAAAAAUGUUCCCCACAAACUCUUGAAUGAAAUUCCCUAACUAAAAAUACUGAAAAGAAAAACAUUCUCACAUCAAAAGCAUAUAUUUUAUGCUGAUCAUCAGUAAGUACCUUGUGAAAAAGUGCUUAAUUCUCUGCUGUGGCUUUGCCAUAACUUUAGAAUGCACAUUUUGUUUUGACAAAAUGUUGAAUGUCAAGGUUUCCUUUACUCUUGGACAACCUGUCGCCUGUGAUGCUUGAAUCGGCACACACUGUGAAUCAGGACAGAAAUAUGUUGAGGAAUUCAGGGGACAUUACAUUGAAUGGAGACCAAACUGUGAAAGAAGUGCUCUAUGUCUCUUAUUAUGUUUACAAAAGAGCCAUACUGUAUCAAGUGCAGGGACACAUUAAAAUGGGGGCGGUAUUUUGUUUGAACUGAAUGGAAAAAAUCAAAGUGUGUCUUACUCUAGGUUAUCAACUUAUGAGUGUAGCGAAUGACUGUCAUUAAUGUUACAAAGAGUAAAACUGACUAGUCCCUAUUCAAAUGUGUUCGCAGCUUUUGACUAAAGUAAAUAGAUCCUUUAUGAAAAGUGAUAUGAAGACUAAAGUGUAUUCAUGCAAACUAAUAAAACUGUCUCAAUUUUAUGCAGCCUCAUUAUUUAAACAAGUGUAAACACACACUUUACUAUAUAAAAAAUUCACAGGACCGAAAAACCAUAAGUAUACAUAAAAUCCAAUAAAUGAUUAGUACUUAAUACAUUACAACCUAUUCUAUAAGUGAAUUUUACUUUAUAUUAUGUAUUGAUUGCAAUUCUUUCAGAAUUGCACAUUUAGAAAACAUUUGCACUGCAAUUCAGUAAGGGUAGUUCUAAUCUUUCACAAAUAAAGUCAAGGGUAAAAAAAAAAAACUUUAGCCACUCACUUUUACCAUUUAUUCUUUGCCUGUAGGUUGCAGCUAAGUCUAGACACCCUGUGCAGCAUUUGUGAAGUCAGAGAAAUGAGCUCCUUAGCAUGUUCAAGUACCCAAAAUUGGACCAGAGUUAGGCCGUGUCCCAAUAUGUACAUAACUGGUCUUGCACCCUUCAUUUGAGCGUUCUCGUUCAAGUCCGCAAGGGAUCAGGGUGCCCCAUUUCUAGAUCUGUUUCCCAGGGGUGCUCAGCAGCGUCCCCAGUGCGUCCUGAAGGGAACUACCCCGAAUUCCCUGCAGAAUGGCAACAAUUCAUGUUCUAGCCUAGGAAAGCGUAGAGACGUUUCCAUGGAAAAUAAAAUAUUCACGUGUUAGUAAAAUUGAACUCUUUACAGUUUUUAGAAGCGUACUAUUUUAUGAAAAAAAUAGAAUAUUUUAUAUUUGUUCUGUGUGUAUUCUAGGACAACAUUUUGACAAAAGCUUUAAUUACAUCACCCAACUUCGAAUGAUGAAUAUUCGUUUACCUCCAGUGUAUUUGGUACACUGAGUAUUUAACAGUACACAUACAGUAUUUAAAAGUACAAAGCUUUGAGCUUGCUUUGAAUGAACGGGUUCCUCAUCAUUUUUGUUCCUGUCAUUUUUGUAUUGGAACAGACGAGAUUAAACACAUUUAGCAAUACAAAGCUUUGAAUAAAGAGAGCAAUAUUUGUAAGGUUUCCUUAGUAUACUUCGCCUGUUUUGAGUCGAGCCUUAACAACAUGAGCACAACGUGUCACUACUUCUGUGCAGGAAUAGAUGAGAUGACAUCACUUGUACCCAACUGCGAGAGAAUGAAAUUUAAGAAGUGUAUCCGCUGCACUCAGCCUUUGGGAAUGAAGCAUCAACAACAGGCAGCAUUUUGACCUUGACCCGAUUAACGAGUGAUAAGUCACAAAAGGGUGCCUUAUUGCUCUUAAUAAUGGUGCCCCUUCGAACUCUCACUAACUUGAAGUCCACACUGGCACAACGUCAUUGAACUGCGGACUUGGAGGAAGGGUUUAGGACACAGUGCAAAAUUGGGACACUGCCUUACUGUACAUGAACAGGGAUGUUAUGAACAAAAUCACAACUACUGUAAAUUUAUGUUGAUGUACAUCUAUAUAUUCCUUCUUUGUAGCUACUCAGGAGAACUACACAUACCAAUCUUCAGUACUUUACCAAGCAUUAAACAGCUAAAUGAAAAAAAAACAUCUGAAGUGACCCUGUCCUGCCUCUUUCAGUUGGAACUUUAGUAAACCAUAUUAUCAAUUGGGAAAACUGGCUUUGCGAUGCGGCUAGUAAGCGCAGGCAAUUUGCUAAUUUAUUGCAUUGUUUAUUUUCCAACCUUUUUAUAAAUUGAUAUACAAAUGUUUCAUUCUUAAUGCAAAGAUAGAUGUGUAUGUUUUUUUUUAUAAAACAAUAGUCCUUUUUAAAUAAACCUGGACAAAAUGGGGUUAGGUUUCAGACCUUCAAAUCUCUGAACUGCGCACUUAGAACUAAAUAACCUGUCAGGUUUUACUGCUUUCUGAAAUUAAAGCUAAACUAAAAAGGUUUCCAUGCUUCAGACAACUCACUGUAACAAAACUGAGUGUAAGGUAAACCUGGUUAUUGACAAAAACUCUCCUGCUGCAGCAAAAUGAGUCUUUCAGCAUCCUGCAGCAAAGAAAGACAAGUUUCUGCAAAGUAUUUUCUGUGAAAAAUUUCAGAAACAAUUGGUAUUAAAAAAUUUCAAGUGUUUACAUACCAUUUCGCAAAAGGGAUGGGAAAACAUCUUAAAUGUAUACCUUUCUCAUUAAGCAUGGGGUUUCAGAUAAAAUCAUACAGUACUGCACAGCAAAGAAAGAACAUAUAUAUAUAUACACACAUUUAUAUGGGAGAAAGGGUCUCAUUCUCAUAAGAUGUCUGUAUGCAGAAAAAGAGCACUGAGUCACAAGUUACAGGUUCUUCUAAUAGUAUUUUCUUAUGUCUUUGGAUAGGAUACUUGCAAAAAUGUAUUGCUGUAGAAGAAAAUGUAUGUAAUUUUCUUGUUUUGAGCAUUAUCAGUAAAAAAACAUUUUGAACUAUUUAUAAAUGUGACAUUUGGGUGAAAAUAAUACAAUGCCUUGGAUGGAGGCCGUCAAUAAAUAUACUAGU